GUGUGUCUCUGGAAGGGCUUUUCGGGAAGAAGCUCAUCAGGGCACAGGAGCAGUGCGGUGGGGAUGUCAGUGCCUCGCACAGUCCAAAUGGAACUGGUUUCUGCUGUUGUGUUUAUUACAGUCUUGCUCUGCUCUGCCCUUCAAAGCCAGUCCUCUGUGACUUCUGCAGACUGCAAUGAUGUAGAAAUAGAAAAAGAUGCAGAGUUUGCUCUCGACCUGAUCAAUAAACAUCGCAGCGACGGCUACAUUUUUUCCCUGUUACGUGUCGGUAAUGCUUACACUGAACGUGUGCACAAUACAUCCAUUGAAUAUUUAACUCUCGAUGUCCUGGAGACAGAAUGCCCUGUGUUAUCCAGGAAGCACUGGUCAACUUGUGGACAUCGGCAGUUCUACCCCAGCACGGACUUUGGGCAAUGCAAAACUGUCAUGUCCUUAGACCACUUUCAAAACAGAAAGAAGUUGCAUGGAUACAACUGCACUAUGAGCCCAGUGCCACCACACUUGUAUCCAUGCAAGGACUGUCCAGUAAAAGUAACAGUCUUACAAGAUACUGAAGAGUUUGCAGAAGCAGCCAAGAGGAUCCUUGGAAAAUAUAAGCAGGAGAGCAAUGAAACACGCAAUUUCAUGGUGGAAAAAGUCCAGAAAGUCUUUAGUGCGGUAGCUAGUCGUACUGUGUAUAUCAUUGAAUUUACCAUAAAGGAGGCUGUGUGCCCCUCUUCCGUUUCUCCAGCACAUGAGUCAGAAUGUGGGCCUUGCAGACGUGCGCACAUGGGAUUCUGUAGAGGAAAGGUGCUUAAAGAAGCAAAAGACCCUGAUGGUGUUGAAGUAGAGUCCUGUGAAAUCUAUAAUAUUCAUUAUGGCAGAGGUCCCUUCCACCAUCACCAUCACUUCCACCAUGAUUCAGGAGAACACCAUCAUCACUGCAACAUGUCUCACCAUGAAUGCAGAUUUCCACCAGCUGGACCAUCAUGGCAUCAUUAUCGUCAUCAUCAUCGCCAUCACCACUAUGGCUGUGGCCACUAUCAUAGGUAUAGACAUGGCCUGCGUUAUAGAUAUCCACCACCUCCUGACAAUCAUCGCGAUGGCCUCGCAGGUCCUGUAGGCCACCACAAUUCCUCUGAACAGGACGAAGAAGGAGAUCCUGACCUCGUCCCUCCCCCGGGACCUCAGUACCCUCCUCCACCCCCUGGUGGCCCACAUCAUCUUCCUCCUAGUAGAUACCCCUCACCUCCUGUUGGACCUCCUCCUCAUGGGCCACAUGGACACCCUCCUCCAAAGUUUCACAGAAAUGGUCACCACAGAGGACACCAUCGAGGCCACCAUCAUCACUGGUGCCACAAUACCACAAAAGGAAGAGAAGGAGACUCCUCAGAACAGCCUGAUUCUUUCAGGGAGCACGACUCUUUCUGUCACAACAAAGUUGGUAUGAUCUAUCAUAUUCCAGUUUUGAGUGAAAAUGACAUCCUUCAAGCUCCGGAGGCAAACUUCCUGAACCAUCCGGCUAUCUCACAUGGAAAGCUAAAUGAGUCCCUUUUUCCUGACACACAAGUACACAAGAAAUCAGUAAUUCAGCCUUUUCCAGAAGUUCCCUCAGAAUCAAAGUCAUGCCCAGGGAAGCCCAAAUCUGAGCUGCCACAAGGCAUUUUGUCUUUAUAUCCAUCAUAAUGUAGAAAUAAUGUGCAUUCCCUUUAAAUGAAAAUGUCUGUAAUACAGAAAUUUAUAAUUCCAUUAACUUUGGUGAUAUGGUAUAUUUCAUGUGAGCUGUC